AUGUCUGUGUAUCGGGACAGCGGUCGCUUCGACGACAGCAGAAGUGUUGCAUCGGCACGAACAACUGGCGGUACCAAAGUUACUCGCUACAUUGUCAAAGAAGACGACUACGACAGGCGAUCCCACUACGAUGACGGUCACCGCAGUGCUGCUCCGACACGAUAUGACGAUCGACGAACCGAAAUAGACAUCCGCGACGACGAUCGCUAUACGAGUCGUACCCUAGCUCGAGAGCCCGAGUAUCGAGGCAGUAGGGAGACAAUCACUAUCCGCCGCGAAGAGUCACCUGAACGAAGAGACAGAGAUAGAGACAGGUACUGGGAGAGACCUCCAGGUGAGGCUGUUCAAGAUCGUGAACUAGUCAUCAGACGCACAGUGGAACGCGACAAUGUUGAUCGUGCUCCUCCACGCAACGAUGAUCGCUCAGUAGUCCUUUCUCGCGCAGACGAUCGACGAGAAUCUCGCUUCUCCGAUUAUGAAGUGGUCAGUCCUCAGCGGCCCUCUUUCGAUGAUCGCGAACGAGAAGUUCAACGAUACAUUCGCACGACAGAUUACUACAAUCCUCCAGCUCCGCAACAGCCUCAGACUAUAAUCAUUCGACAAGAGCCAAUUAUUAUUCGUGAAAGAUACGAACGAGAACGCUCCCCACGAAGAGAAGAGGACUUUCAAAUCGUGAAGAAAUCAGACAUUGACGACCAGCACUCUGUCAGCCGCAGAUCUCGAUCCGAGGCCAGAGAUGAAGAAUACUUCUACGAGAAGAAGGUUAGAGAACGCUUGCCCGACGAUCGCGAUGACCGCAGACUACGACGUCCGAUUAGUCCACACGAUUCGAUCUCCCAGGUUGGUCGACGUGGUCGAGAUCGAGGUUACGAAAGUGAUGACAGCAUGGUCUACGUUCGCAAGGAGAAAAUCGAAGACUAUGGCAGUAGUGAUGAUGAGCAUCGUGGUCGAGAUCUAGCCGCUGGUGCUUUGGCUGGUGUUGGUGCUGCCGAGCUGAUCCGAAACCACAACCGAAAAGAAGGCAAAGAGACAUCUAAUGGUGUUAGUCGUGUGGCAAAAGAUGUAGGUGCCGGCGCUCUCGGCGCUGCCGCAGCCGAAGCUAUCCGUCGCUAUCGAAGCAAGAGUAGGCGUCGAUCACGUUCAGAUUCUAGAGGUCGUGGUAGAAGACAAGACUCGCGGGAAGGAAGCAGGGCUAGAUCUGAGUCUCACUCGAAUCUGAAAAGUCUUGGAGGCCUGGGUUUGGCUGCUGCUGCUGUCGCUGCUGGUGCACUCAUCGCGAACAGGAGUAAGAAGGGUGGCUCACCUGAUCGCGGAAGCAGAUCAAGAAGCCGUCGUCGUGGUUCAAGAUCCCGUUCUCGUGCAUCGUCCCGUACAUCAGCAAUCUCUGAGCUGGAGAACGAUCCUACUGCCGAUGAUGAGCGCAAUCCGAAGAAGCGCAACCAGCGUACUGCCGCUGCUGGAGCCCUUGGUGCCGCUGCUAUGGCUUUGUAUGAGAACCAACGCAGCAAGAGUCAAGGCCGUGGCCGCAAUGAGAGCCCUAAACGACUCAAACAAGGUGCCCAAGUUGUUGGUGGAGGACUUGCUGCUGCUGCUCUUGCUCGUCUCUAUGAGAACCGGAAAGCUAAAGAAGAGGCUACCGAGAUAGUUGACUCCGAGUCACGACGCUCGCGAUCACGACAUAGGUCAAGGAGUCGGCCCAGGACUGACUCGACCUACUACGACGGCCCCUCACAACGUGCGUAUAGUGACCCUAACCUGAUACAGUACGGUACUGAACCACUUUACGGCAACAACUUUGGUGAAGGUUACUAUGGUCGCCCGCAGCCUGAGCAGGACUAUUACCAGAAUCAAAAUCGUGAUAUCGUGCCUGCUCCAGCUCCGCCUCCAGCAACAAGUCAGAAUGAUAGUUUCAGACCAGGACGUCCUCGAAGUGUCAGCUCGAGCCGAUCACGCUCCCGCAGCAGAGGCGCGGCGGCAGCUGCAGCAGCGGUGGGUGCAGGUGUGGCUGCCUCCGAGCUUGAAAACAGGCGAAGAGAGAAGAAAGAACGAAAAAGACGUUCUCGCAAUCGGUCCCGUGAAGGUUCAUACACUCCCACGGCUGAUGAUCGAGCCCGCCAAAAUUCUUAUACACCUUAUGCGCCUGGUCGCGACCCUUAUGAAGAUGCAAAUUGGCAUGCAACUCAUCCUGCCGGAAAUUACUCACAGGGAAUGAACGAUCCGUAUGCGUCACAAACAGGAUUCCCACCACCACCAGGAGCCAUGCCGCAAAGCGGAUUUUCGAGACCAACCUCGCAACCAAACUAUGCUCCACAAGAUUUUCCACCUCCACCAGCAGGCGCUCCACAGGCACAGCAAGGGUACUAUGACCCAUACGCGCCUGGGCAGAAUCCGUACAUGCCUCGUGGGAGAGGAGACGAAAAUGUGAGUGCUACGUCCUCUUUGACUCCCCCUGAUCAGCACCACUUUACCACAAAUGGUUUGAACAGGGAGAUAGCCACAACUCCACCCGUCAUCGGACCUAAUAUUGCCAUGCCACGACCACUCAACAGCACGUCUGCUAAUCAACAACCAACAAGUGGGAAUCCAGCAAGCGUGAACGAGCCUUAUCAGCAGCCUAAAUAUGGCGAGCCUAAUAACUCCAGCACUCCUUUCCCAGGUCCUCGUCCCGCGGAGAGACUACCCGAGCGCUCAGCAUCUCGAGCAGCUAAGGCAUACACGCCAACUCCACCUCUUGUUCCUCAAGAUACUGCACGUCGCCAGCCAUCGCCAUUGGCCUCAGUGCCAGCUGAAACUAUUCCAGUCAUAACGGAUAGACCAAGUCCGCUGCCUAGCCAACAACGUCAACUACCCGAAGAUCCAAGAGUCACGGCGUUUCGACAAGCUGCGUACAAUGCGCCUCCACCUUCUCAGCAACGAGCUGUAGAUCCUGCUGCUGCGCAACCAGACAUGACAGCUCACGACCGCGUAACGAAGCCUCAACCACAAAACAAACAACCAGAAAUGCAACAGACUAAUCGAGGUGUCAGUCCUUUCAUAUCGAUGCCCAGCCCAGAUAUCCGACCUCCAUCAGACGAAUACAUACUUAUACCUCAACCACAACAGGCGCACUUUGACAAUCCUUACCAGAGCCAGAGUGUGCCAAGCAUGCCUAACCUCUUCGUACCUGAGCCAAUCGCACAAACUACAAUCCCGCAGACCUACACAGCUUCAACACGAGAACCCAGGCAAGAGCGCAGAACACGGUCGAGAAGUCAGUCACAACCACGAAGCGUUACCAACACCACAGCUCCAGGUACAGCAACAACGUCACGAACCGCCACACCAGAACCCAAGAAGUCCGUCUCAUUCGCACCCCAGGUCGAAUUCUCCGAUGCCCCCGUUGUUCCUCCAGCAUCCUCGUCCAGAGAUCGACCAUACGCAGAUUCCGAAAACAAUCCUGACACCACGCGACCAAGACGUCACGACAGAGACCCUCUCCAAUCAUUCACCACAAGCAACGGAAACAGACGCACCCGAGACAUAAAUGGCCGAGGCUACGACGCAGGCGAUGACUUUUCAGACGACACCCCCUUCGAAGACCACCGGCGUCGCACGCACAACGACCGCGACCGCUCUCGAGACACCGGCGGCGGCGGCGGCGGUGACAGAGGCGUCCGCCACUCCUCCCGCCGUGAACGCAGACCACAAUCCCCACCAGACCGUGACACGACCGACCCCAACAAGCGCUCAAACACAAUGUCUGGUAGUGGCAGUAGUGGCUCAUCAUCGAAACAAAAACGCCGUAGUACACGAGAUAACAGCCCGGAUAGUGAUGCGACAGUUGAUCUGCCGGAACGCUUUGACGAGAGGGGUAAGAGGAAGCCAGGAAGUUAUGAUUUGGGGACUAGGAGUCCGGAGGAGGAGUUGAUUGCGCAGGGGUUGGAUAAGAUUUUGGGUGGGUUGUUUAAGGGGAGUGGGAGUGGUAGUGGUGUUGGGAGUGGUGGUGGUUCAUCGAAAAGGCGGCGAGAGUAA